AUGGUUUCCUUUUUCGGUCUCAAAUUCGGGGCCGACAAGAAGAAGAAGGAGCCCGAGGGCAAGAAGGCGCCGCAGGAAUGGAAGAAGAUCGACCAGAACGCGCUGGGCGAGGGCCAGUUCUUCGGGCGGGACAUCCACCGCAAGGGCGUCGUCAACGGCAGCAUCCGCUCCGUCUCGCGGCCCGGCACGUCGCACUCCACGAGGGGCACGUCGCCGUACGCCAUGCAGACGCACAACUUCGCCGCGUCCAGCAUGUACGACCUGUCGAACCUGGACCGCGGGCGCAAGGGCAGCCUCGGCAGCCUGAAGCCGUUCGCGUCCGACGCCAACCUGCGCAUGCGCUUCAACAAUGCCUCCUCCACCAGCCUCGCCGCGCCCCCGCUGCCGAUGCCGUCGUACGGCUCCGGCUCCCGCCCGGGGACGCCCAAUUCGACGCGCAACAAGGCGUGGGUCAACCCGCUCGACGUGCACUUCUCGCGCCCCACGACGCCCGCCAUGCCCCAGACCCCAAAGUCGCCGCUGGGACAGUUCGAGUUUGGUGUUAGUGAGAAGGCGGAGACGUCGUCGCUGUUCGGAGACAGCCCGGAGAAGGUGGCCGAGGAGAUAUCAGCCAGGGUAGCCCUGGAUCAGGAGCGCGCCAGGGCAAAGGCUGAGAUGGAAGCUAGGGCGAAAGCCCAAGCUGAGCUGGAGGCGCAGGCGAGGAGGCAUGCUGAGGCCGCAUCGCCGCCGACAUCCCCGCCCAUGUCGAUACCGUCUCCUCCGGCUUCGAUGAAGAGAGAACCGGGCCCUAUCAUCAUCGGGCCUGGUCCUGCGCCUCGCUUCCAAGGGCCCGCUGCCAAUGACGAGAGACCGCCGAGCAGAGGAAGAGAUAGACCAAAUGGCGGAGCCCCUGGUCCCCGCGGACCUGGCUCACGGCCGAGAGAUCCUAGGGAGCGCGAGCCACGAGGCCCGAAGCAUCAUGCUGGGCCUCAUGGACUGCCGUCGCCUCCAUUGUCCCAAGGCACAAGAUUCAGCGAGGAGAAGGCAAGCAGGCCAAUCAUUCAGAACGUCAGAGCGAAGCGUGACACCCUGACAAUCAGCGGAGCCAAGCGGAAGAGCUUAGAGAUGGAGAUCGACGAGUUUGAGAAGUCCCUCGUGAAAGCGCAGGAGGGCCGCAAGGGGAGUUCCGGCAGCAGCCACUACAGCGAGGGGAUCGACGACAGGACGCUCGGCGAACCCAUGCUGCCACCCCUAGCACCGCCGCCGUUGCAGGAGCAGCGCAAGCCGUCUCCUCAGUUUGUCCAGCCGCAGAGGACGCAGAGCCCGAUGGGUAGAGCGCCGCCUGUGCGCGGCCCGAACGCACCGCGGCGGCCGAAUCCUGACGAGUAUGGUGCCUCGUUCCGUCGCGCGGAAAGCCCGAUGGGACGGGGCCCGACUGGUCGUCCCCCGCGACCGGCGCCGGAGGACGGACACAAAGCCCCAUGGGCCGUGCCCCAAUGGGAAGGGAGCCUCGACCCCAGAGUCCGAUGGGCCGCCCUCCCCAAAUCAACCCUGGACCGCGAGCGGAAAGCCCCAUGGGCCGACCAAGGAUGA